AUGACUGAACAAUUAGAUGCUAACGCCACUGGCAAGUCUAAUUCAUCUUCAGGUUCUAUGGAUUAUGAUAAAAGGGGUUUCUUAGAUCCUCAUUUUUCAUUAAUCGAAUUGUUGGAGAAUGCAAAAUAUAGCUUACAAGAAAAUAGUAAUGAAGCAACAGUGACUAACGUUCUACAGCCAGAUAAUCCUACUUCACCAUUAAAUGAAAUUAGGUUAGAGUUAAGUGGUAUGAAUGUUGACGAUAUUAAUUCUGAAAAUCAAGAAAGUUCGGAGCUUUCUCAAAGCUUAUCUAAUUCUUGGCAAAGAAUUCAAACUCCGGAUUAUUCUCCUUUGGAUGUAAAGGAUUCGAACUCUAUUAAUAAUAUUAAUAAUAAUACAGUUGGUAUACUAUCAUCCACAGAUUCAUCAGAAGAGGAGCAAGAUAAUAUUUCUUUAAACACAUAUCUAAGGGUGAAUUCGGCUGUAAAAGAAGAUUCGUCUUUCAUUAAUCCAAAUAAUAAUAUCAUAUCAUUAUCCCCAACCCCCGCUAAUGGAACCAAAAAAAAUGGCACUACUGAUUAUAAUGAUGAUGAUGAUGAUGAUGAUGAAAUCAAUAGUAAAAAUAAGGAUACACCGAAGGCAAAAAAUUUAUUUAAUAUGAAAACUUCAAAAUAUUAUCCGAAAUAUCGUACUUUCACUCCAAAUGAUACCCGUCUUAGUCAUAUGCAACAUUCAAAUUCAAACUUACAUAUCAGUAUGAAUAAUAGUAUUAAUAAUAAUAAUUUUGAUUCUUCCAUGACAUCUUCGAAAGAUACUUUAACUACAUCAUUUUUAGAAAUCUUCAAAGAUAAUUCAAAUUCAAACUCUAAAAAUUUAAACAAUGAAUUUAAUAAUGAUAUCGAUUUAAAAAUUAAGCAUUUAGUGUUAUCAAACUCGUUAGAUAAUGAUGAUCAAUCUAAUAGUACAAUUACUAACAGUUAUAAUAACUUGAACUUAACAAAAAGUAUGACAUCUUCUUCAAAUUCUUUUAUAAUGCCUAAGUUAUCUUGGACUAAUACUUUCAGGAAAUUUAGAAUUUUAAUAUUAGGGUCAAAUCAAAAUUUAACUUUCUAUCAAAAUAUACCAACUUCAUAUAAAUAUUUAUUUGAGUUGCCACCAAAUAAUUUCGAUUAUAAUUUUAAGCAUUAUGCAGGAAUAGCGAUUGUUAUUCAUGAUUUGACGGAUUUUAAAUCAAUAUUAAAUAAAAUUGAUAAAUAUUCGAUGAAUAAAAAACCAAUUAUACCAAUUUGUGAAAAGGGUCAAAUCAAUGAAGUUAAGAAUAUUCUAAAACCUUAUAUUAAAACGAAAGACCUUUCAUUACUCUAUCCACCAAUUGUUGGUACUAAUCGAGAUGGUAUGAAUACUUUAUAUUUGCAUUUAAAUGAUUUAUCAAAGAAUGUAGAACUAGAGAUUACAAGAGACAAGUCAAACAAUAACAUUAACAAUAAUAAUAAUAGUAUUAAUGGAGAUGGUCGUCAUUUGCACCAUAACGAUUAUGAAAGUAAUUCUGGUGAUGACGAAGCAGACAAUUUUGAUAUUUUGCAAUCACCAAACUUUAGUGCAAAUCUAAAGCGUAGAGUGAAAAAAUCAAAACUUUCUACUAGUUCAUCAAAUUCCGUACUCAAAGACUCUAGAGUUACUACAAAAAAUAUGAGGAUAUCUAGUUCAACAAAUAGAAAGGAAGAUGUUUCCUCAGCGAAAAAGAAAAAGAGAAAAACUAUAGAGCAAUUAAAAUGUUACGCAACAGUUGAAGAUUUUCCAAAGAAUUCAUGGAAAACUAAUAAUAAUCAAAAUACAUACACUAAGAAACUGAAAAAAAUUAUCUAUUGGACGGUAUCAUUAUCUGUUGGUGUAGGAUUAGGAUUCUGUCUUUCUUACUAUGCUUCUACUAUAUUUUCAAAUAUAAGCGAAUCAAUAUCAAAGGGCAUAAAUACACUUAUAUCAGAAUCUGUCACACCCACGGUCAGUGAUACACCAAUUCCUUCACCAACUACAUAUUCUAUGGAAGAAAACUUAUCUACUACCUGUCACUAUGUAGGUGAAAAAGUCAAAGAGACAUUUUCCAAUUCUUUGUUUUUGUUAAAAACAACUUUACGGAAUUUAAAUUGGACAACAAAACAAAUUUGGAAUAGUCCACAAGGUCUUAAUGGAGUUGACCAAAUUCUCCCUAGUAAAUACAAUUUUUAUGAAGAUCCUGCAAUGAUCCUUGCUUUAGGCUUCGUACUAUUGUGA